CUAUGCUGGAACAUAACCUCCGAUCCGGUCAUUGUUGAAAGCGUUGAAAGUGUCAAACUUUACCCUUGCACAAUAAAGUAAAGGGGACUAAUCGGACGAGAAUUAAAAAGCAAUUCAUCUAUUAAUCAAAUCUUAAAAAUGCAGCGAGAAGAAAAGCAAUUAGAUUCCGCUCUCGAGGCUAUUACAAUGAGAGUGAAUGAUCUCAAAUCUUCAAUAGCUUCAAUGAUAUUUAAAUUGGAACACGAGUACGAAACGCUAAAUUGGCCGAGUUUUCUCGAUAACUUUGCACUCAUUGCUGGUCACCUCACAAGCCUGUCCAAAAUUUUGGCUCAUGACAAAGCACCCAAUUUAAGGAGUUUGACAGUUCUACCGCUAUUGUUGAGUCCAGAGAAGGAUGAAGAUCUUGUGAGAAUGACAGAGGGAAGAAUAUCUACGUUUGCUCAUGAUCUUGUCCCAGAUUAUCUGCGAACCAAACCAGAACCUCAAGCGGAACAAAAGAUGGUGCAACUUGAAAUAAAGGCAGCAAAUCUGAGCUACGAUGCAUCACACGACUGCAAUAAACAAGUUGCCCAAUACACAAAAGUGAUAAACCAUGUGUGGGACAUUGCGAACAAAGCUAGAGAAGAAUGGGAAAGCGAAGCUGGUUCAAGAACAACGCAGGCCCAAACGAGCAGCACUGCUGACACGAAUGUCCUUGUUACCGCUGUUGGAAUGGGCAGUGGUUUGAAGUCUGAUGCUGUACAAAUGGGACAGUCGGGUGUAAGUCCAGUGCCUGCGGGAAUGAUGGUUGGAAGGCCAGGAAGUCAACCUGGUGCCGGUGGCCAAGGACCUCUUGGAAACUCACAGAUGGGUCAAAUAGGCAAAGCCCCGAGUGCUAUUAAAACGAACAUCAAGGCAGCCUCACAAAUUCAUCCUUAUGUACGAUAAUAAAGGGUCAGAUGAACAAAA